AUUUUUUCCUUAUUUUAAAAUUAUAGUAGUCGUUGAAAACACUAUUCAAUUAAUUUAAUUGCUUUUGAAAUUGUUAUUCUUUUUUUCUGUUUAUAUUUUUAUCAUUAAGUGAAUGCUUAAGUAAAAAAAAAAAAAAGAAAAAUAGAACAUAAUGAUCGAUUCCCCUAAUCCCGCCGAUAAUAGCAUCAUGAAUGAGUCUAUGCAGUUUCAUCCUAACCAAUCUUUAGUCAUGGAACAUCAAAGACAUAAAUAUGUUUAUGUUCUAGAAGAUGAUGACGUUGCUAAUGAAACAAUUGAAAAAAUGUACGGCCCCUUUGAGGAUCGCAAGCAAAAAUAUAAUUAUUCUCCAAGGCUUCAAAUAAAUAAUAGAGAAUUUUUAAUAUUAAAACGGCUUAGAGAGAUUGAAAAACUUAAACGUGAAAUUUUUGAGAAAGAGUUACAAAUGAAGAAAACGGCCGAUAAAGAGAAACCAGUAGCUGCUAUCUCCGUGAGUCAAAAUGUAGAAAGGAAACAGUCAGAAUUGCAAAAGGAAAUUGAUAAAAAGAAUGAACAAAUUAAAGAGUUAAAGGCUUUAGAAAUUCAACAAGAUAAUGUUACACAACCAUCCUCUUCUUUAAAUCAAGAAGUAGCUUCUUCACAUUCUGAAGAUCCUUCCGAGUUAGCUGUGACUGAUGUUGAUGCAGAAGAUGUGUCAAAAAAUACUAGCAUUUCCGAUAUCAGCAAAGAAGCAUCUAGUAAUGAUGUUAAUGAUACAGUAGUUGUGAGAGGUGAGACAGAAUUAAUAAAUAACGAAAUUGAUUUGAUCGAUGAUGAUGAUGAUGAUGACAUGGAUAUGGCAAGUGACGAUAUGGAUAUAGCAAGCGAUGAUAUUGAUUUGAAUAAUGAAGAUAUAGCUUUACCAAUUGGAAAUAACGAUAAUACAACAGAGUUAUAUGUCCAUAAUCCUAAAACUGAUGAUGAUACAUCUUCUGAAAGUUCUUUUAAAACAGCUUAUGAAGAGUUUAACACAAUAGAUACAGAACCUAUUAAAAGAGUGCUUACUUUAGAAGAAGCAGAGGCUAUUUGUACAGAACUUGAAAAUGAGAUAAAGGAGUUAAAUGUUACACUGCAGAAAAUUACAGAGGAAAAGAGAAAACUCCAUGUUGAUGUACUUGCGAUGAAAGUUAGAAUGUCUGUUGGAAGAAAUAAUAUUGAGUCUAUGAAGCAAAGUUCAUCAAAUAAAAGUAACAUACCAUCAUCAGGAGCCAAGCGACAGCUUCUAGAUAACAGUUCUCGAGCAUCAUAUAAGCGACCUUACAUACAUAAGCCUAAAAAUAUCUUACAUCCUCCUAAUUUUCAAUAUCAAAUACCCAACUAUUCAAGUGCAUCAUCUCAGUUCAAUAUCCCCUAUGUAUCUCCACUAAACAACUUUAUGAAUUCACAAAUGAACUUGGGUAAUAUGCAUAUACCUAUCCAACAGCCUUUACAACCUCCUCCUCCUCCUCCUCCUCCAUCCUAUUUACCACCACCAUUAUCACCACCACCACCACCACCGCCACUGCCUUCCAAAUUGACAAAACCAUAUCGUCCAGCUAGUCCUUUGCUUCAUUCUAAUCCUCGUGAAUCAGCAUUCAACAACAAAAAUGAAAAAUUAAAAUAUUCUAUGGAGCCUCAAACGAGUUCUAUGCAGUUAUCCAAAUGCAAUGAAUCUUUACGUAGUGUACUUGAUGAAAUUUUGAAACUCAUUUCCAUACGAAUAUUCAGUUAUGAUCAAGAAUAUCCUUCUAUUCGUGACCGACCUUCAUCAAGACCAUGUCGUAUCAUAACUGUAGAUGACUAUACAACAACAAUGCAAUUGGCGCUUUUAAACAGGGAAUAUGAGCAAGAUAAUCAAUAUCAGCAAAGCGAGAAGUCCUUUGUUCUACCUCUUGGUCAACCUAUUGAAUAUAAGUUAACAAAUGAAAGUUAUGAAAGUCCAUUAUUUAGGAUGCUUCAUCGAAAGGCUGAAGUUGGAAGUUAUGCUAAGGAAUGGGAAUCUGUUUACAAUGCAAUUCUUUAUAAUAUACCUCAAGACUUGGAUCUCAGUACUUUUCAUGUUCGUCAUGGAUUUGGCAUGUCACUUUAUCCUGAUAAAUUGAAAGGCACAUAUGAUAUGGUUCAUGCUUUUAGUAGCGAUUAUCCAAAAAACAGCUUUUUAGCUUCAUUAAAGCUAGAGUUAUGUCUAUAUGUCUAUGGUCCUUCUAGUGAACGUUUUCAACAAGAUUUUGAAGAAAGCAUUAAAGCAAUUCCAUGUUCUAUUGAUAUUUAUUGGCAAUAUAUUUUACAAGUCAAUGAAUUCUCUGACAGAUUAGCACGUAUUAAGGAUCUUUUGGAACUUAUUAAUGAAACAUAUAAAGAAUCUAAUGUAGCAUCGUGCUUAACAGCUGAAGUAUUAACUCGAUUAAUUCGAUUAAAUGGACUCAGUGAAGUGUUGAAACUGUUAACAAACAACCAAUUCUCGGAAAUAGAUUGUGAAAAAGCCACAAUCUAUUCUUUAGACGAUUCUACUGGAGUUACUCUUACCACAUUUGACAAAUAUUACAUCUGGAUGUUGAUAUUAUAUUAUUAUGUUUCACGCACUUUACCUCAAGGAGUUUGCGAUAUAUGGAUGAGUACUCUUGUUAAAAAGGGGGAACCAUAUAUAUCUAAGCCUACAUUUAUGAUUGAUUGGCAUAAUGCCUUAAAAGAUAAACCUUUAGAUAAACCCACCCUUUUUGGAGCUACUAACAUUUUACUUUCUAUGCUUUCGCAUUAUAGUAAAAUGGCCAGCAAUGACAUAAGUAGAAAGCCUCUCUUAAUUGGUGUUCUGCGUACGUUAGCAUCUUUCUUGAAUUACACACCUUGUUAUAAAUCAGUUGGUACAUAUGUAUUAGUGAACAAGAUGGCCCAUGUUAACGCUUUAUUACCCGAAAUUUACGAGAUUUUAUUCUUUUUGGAAUACAAAAAGGGAGAUUCAAUGAAUGAACUCUUAAAGAAUAUGAUUAUACAAUCAGCAAAAUUACCAUUAUCUCAACUAUUUAUCUUAUCUUAUCGUAUAUGUUGUCUAUACAGUGAAUCAAAUGAUUAUACGGAAGCAAAUCUCUGUUUAUUGGCGACUAUACUCAUGAUACCAAUCUGUAGAACAAAGUUUAAUGAUCAAGAAUUAAUGGAGUUCGUUAAUCGUGCGAGACAAACGGAAACUAUUGAACUAGAAUCAAAAAUUAUUUUGAUUCAGGCAUAUAGGAUACAGUAUAAAGAAUUUUUAGGGUAUAACAAGAAUAAUGAUAGAAUACUAUCAAUGGCAGAGAAAGAUAAUAAAUCUAUUGCUUUUGCCUGGAUCAAUUUGCUUUUCCUAAGCAAAAUAAAUCAAGUUAUUAACCCAGCUCAAAGCAAUGAAAUUAUAAAAGAUAUGAAGGACAUUUAUAAAGAAGGUAGGCAGUCUAUAAGGUCAAAUGAUGAUGGCUUCAUGAUAUUAAGAAAAUAUGGUGAAGAAUUACUUGGAGAAGACAAAAGUUAAUAUGUAUAUGCAUACAUGUAUAACAUAAAAACGAAAUCUUUAAAAUAAUUUUAUUUAUUUUAUAAUUUGUAUCUUCAUAGAAUAAAAUUGUUUUAUAUCCCGUA